UAUUGUUCCAGCACUACUUCCACCCAUCUGGCAACACUGUGGUGUUGUAAUUUUUUUUCUUGUCGCAAGGUGAAGACGAAUUGAACGGUUUUUGCUAGUAAAAAGUUCUUUAAAAGGCUCCGAUUCCGCACCAAAGUGUAGUUAAGAAAAUAGUUUAUCGGGUUUCGUAACCAGAGCCGAGAAAAUCGCACGAAAAAUGCAUGCAAAGCGCGAUUGAAAAUUUUACUUUGUGUGUAGCCGAGGCGCACGCACACGCACUCAACACACUCGUACAAACACACACGGACUGAGAGACGGAGAUAAACGCAGCGAUGGCCUCGCAUUUUUACUUGAACAUAUAAAAGCUCAUAUAGCUGGUAUAUUGGAGAAGCAGAAGGAGCGCAUAUAACCAUACAGAAUCAGCUCGCACGAGUCGGAUCACCAGAGGAUUCAGAGCACAAUGGCCGCCCCACCAAGGAGAGAAACGGUUUUAUGACUUUGAGCGGCAGCGAACCGAGUGAUCCGUCGCACUAGAGACCGAAGCCAGCCCUCCAAGAGAGCAGAGGAACAGAACUAAAUAGUUACCACUGAGAUUCAGCAUUCUGCCCAAGAAGCAUCUGCCAAGAUGGUCGACAACAGUGUCCAGUGCCCCGUGUGCACCCUGUACCUGCAUGCGGGCAUGAAUCUCUCCGAUCACUUGGAGACUCAUCCCAAGGAGCAGGUGAUCAAGGCACUGGUGCAAAUGACGAUCGUAGGGCCUGGAUCCGGGAGCGGCGGCAGUGCCCUGGCGGCCGCAAUGCUGGCAGGAGCUGGAGGCGGUGGAGGAUCAGGUGGUAGUGCAGCGAGUAGUGUUGACACCAUCGCGGUAGAUGACAAAACAGCUAUUUCGCCUUUGAAUGCCGAAGUGAAACCAGUUGUGACAGCCAAAUCCAUAUCAGCUGGAACGCCAGCGGUGCAGACGCAGACGCCGCCGCCGCCACCGCCGCUCUCCUCAGCUCUACCAACGCCCGCCACCACCUCUACCUCCGCCGCAAACAGCUCCAAAUCCCCAAAUAGCAACAAACUGAGCAAUCCACCGAUAAAAGCACUGAAAAGCGCACCGCCCCCGACUGAGGCGCGAGCCAACACAUCCGCACAUCCCACCACAAGCAGCAUGUCCAGUAGUCUGUACCAGCCAACGCUGGUUACCCCGGAUUACCGCUUCAAUCACCCACAGCAGCAACAGAUGUUUGGGCGUGGCGGCAAUGCUCCGACAGCCACACUGGUGAUUCCCCAAGUGCCCCAGCAGCACUUCCUCGCCAACUCCCAGCAACAGGCACACUUCUCCCAUCAGCAACAGCAACAGCCGUCGACGCAACACCAGCCUCCACAGCAGCAGCAACAGCAGCCGGCCUUGAAAUACACCUACGCCACUGCUUUGCCGCCGCCACCGCCGCUGCAGCUCUUCACGCAGCAGCAGGCCCUGCCGGCACCUGCAACGCAAACCAAUUCGCCGCCACACGUGAAACCUCCGCCCGCCUAUGGAGCCGCUAUCAGUCAAAUACGAUCUCAGCACAACCAAAACAAACAGCAGCCGCAGCAACAACAGCUGCAGCCGCAACCCCCACACGUAACCGUGCACCACAAUCACACUCUAACCCUGACACCACCGACACCAGCCGCGGCAUCAUCAGUAGGACCGGCAGCUGGCAAGCAGCUUGUUUCUAGCAAAGCCCAUACGGAAGUUUUCCUGAAUCCCCCACCACCGCCGUCGCAAGCACAGAUCCAGAAUCUGGGCCAUCAGCAGAAUCCAAACUUAAACACGCAUGCUAACCCCCAGCUUCUGGGAACAUCGCCCUCCGGCAGACUACAUCCGCAGCAUCAGCCCCUCGGCUUGCAGGCCUAUGCCUCUGGCUCAGGAGCCAGCAGCAGCUGCAGCUCCUCGCUCUCGCUGUCGGUUGGUGCAUCCAGCUCCACAUCGGGCAGCAUUCGCGGCCAUCGUCAGACCAACUCGCCCUUCGGGGCAUUGCUUAAUGCUGCUGCGGCGGUUGCCUGCCCUUCGCCUGCCUCGUCCACGGCAUCUUCGUCAGUGCUGCGCUACGCAGAGUCGCCGGUGGCCCAUUACUUGGAACGCGAGAACGGGGACUUCAUUGUCCAAGAGACUCCCAAGCACAUUGUGGAGUGCGUGGAGAAGGAAGAUGGCGAGUUUUCGGUGAUUGAGCGCAUAUACCAGUCUCCGCCGAGCGUCCUGCAUAUCCACGAUGAGGACGAGGACGAUGAGGAGGAGGAGGACGCUGAAGACGCCCACGAGGCGCCGCUGGAGGACGAUGACGGGGAUGAUGAGCGAGAGGAGAACAGUCGAAGUCGCACCAAGGCAACCAAGAAGUCCCGAAAGACGAAGUCGAAGCGAAACUCAAAGCGUCUGUCUGACGAUGAGGAGUUCAUGAGCAUCAGCAGUGGCUGCGAAAGUGAGCCCGAACGGGAGCGGAAAAAGGAUCAUCAGACCGCGAACUCUACAACGUCUUCCCUCCCACCCUUAAGCACGGCUCCCUCAACGAGUAGGGCGGCUGCGACGGCCACAUCGCCAUCCAAUACAGCGGAAAAUCAUUCCAGUUCUGCUUCAAAUUCCAUAUCCGCCAGCACCACCACCAAAUCCAAGAAGAACCGGAUUACAGUGCUCAGCGACGUUCCGCUCAACAUGAACGAGUACCUCGAUCUAAUGGGAAACAUUGUGGCCUCCAGUCGCAUUGGGGCGGCUCGUCCCUUUGCCGCCGUGGCUCCGAUUCCGUUGGUCAAGGUGGAAAAGGAGGAGCCGCUGGAUGAAUAUGACAAUGAAGCUGAGCAGCAGCAGCAGCUGGAGCAGAAGCCCAGUCUGGAGCACGGCACCACUAGCGUAAUUCGAAUGGCCAGUACGUCGGUGGCGGCCACAUCCGUUUCCGCCGAGGACCUAACGCAGCCGCCACCCAUGAAAGUGGAAGUAGAUCCCAACACCAAGCUCCUGCCGCAGCGCUUCUCUACUCCCGCCCAGCAACUGCGAGGGCCCAAGAAAUUAGUCAUUAAACCAAAGGCGACGGCGACGGCAACGGCGACAGCUCCAGCGACGAAAAAGACUGACACCCCAUCUUCCUCCAGCAGCAGCAACAGCAGUAGCAGCAGCAGCCACAACCCAACCAUAUCAAAGGAUUUGGUGCAAGUAAAGAGUGAAAGCCUAGAGGCUCCAGCGAGCAGUAGCAUUCUGGAAAAGCACCUGACCACCAACAGCGGCCGCAAGCUGCUGCAUCAUUCGGCGGCGAAUGACGAUGAUGCCCGCGUCCUGCUGGAGUUCGCCAACUCCAAGCAACCACCUCCGUUGGCUGCCGCUAGCACCACUUUUGUGGUGAACGCCAAUACUGGAUUCCCCUCGGCCGGAUCCGUUUUCGCCAGCACCUCCAAAUCAGCAGCUUUAAGCAAACCAGAAGAUGAGUACAUUCUUCCAGACAACAACAACCUAGAUGUGGAUGAGAUUGUGAUAUCCUCGUCGUCUUCCUACGCUUCCUCGGCGGCGCAGGUGCAGGCCGCGCUCCAACCGCCGGACUUCAACUUCCUGUACCACCAGCAGACCACCAGCACUACCACAGUCACCACCGGUGCAUACUUCAAUGCCUUCUCCAAACAGCAGAAUCUCCAGCAACAUGGAGCGAGCGACGCCACCAAUGCAGCCACUCUGGCCUCAUCUUCGAGCAAUUCCAUGGACCACGACUCGAUGAACGCCACAUUCCGCGUGGCUAAGACUCAAUCGCAGUCCUGGUAUCAGCAGGAGCACGACCAGGAUGCACAUAAUCAAGGUGGCGUGGGAGCCGGAUCUGGUGCGGCUUCUGGUAAUCAGGGUCACGAUGUUGUGGCCCAGCCGACUAACUUCAAUGCUGCCCUAGCGUCCGUCGAUUGCUGUAGUGUGGCGUUGGACGGAGAUGCCAAAUAUCUGGAUCUGGACGCCUGCAAGCGGGAGCAGCUGAGCAGCAGCAACUUGCCCUCGGCCUCCGCCUCCACUUCGACCACAUCGUCAUCGUUCGCUGGAGCUGGCACGGAAAGCAGCUUGGUGGGCGGCUUGAACAUUCGUACAGAUGAGAAGAUGCCCGCCAAGGGUGAAAUCUCGGAGCAGGAAAGCAACUGCGAUGUAGAAAACUCGUGGAGCGAAUCGGUAUACGGCGAUAUUUCACAGCGGUACUUUAGAAAUCAGUUUUCCGGAGGAUACAAUCCAGAAUGGCGGCAGGACUACUUUCCCACUCAUGAUCUAAGCGGUCAGCCACGAGAGCAAAAGCAUUUCGACUUCAAUGCACUUGAUGACGAGGCCUCAUCGAGCUCUAGGAAGAGCGAUCUGUUGGACAUUGACCCUACGGCGGGCACCUCCAUUUGUACUUCCACGUCUUCGGCUUUGCUGGCUGGUCCACCCAUAGCCUCGACUUCGCGGGCUGCUGCCGAGGCGGAGGCGGCUGCCAUGGCCAUCGCCCAAAGGAAACAGAAUCGGCGCAAGCUCUACAAAUGCCCCCACUGUGCGUCCAUCUUCGAGAAACUGAAGGAUCGGAAUGCGCACAUGAUCGGAGAGCAUAACUAUGUGCGUCAGAACCGUCGGCUCAUCUGCACCCAACCGCAGGUGGCAGGUUCCGAGAUGCUCCCACCCCAGCAGCAAACAAUGCUCCUGCCACCGGCCGAGGGGAGUGCACUUCAAGAGGACUCCAAAGACGGCAUUGUGAAAAUCAAGCAGGAACAAUGCCAAGAUAAGACGGAUGUGGAGCAAAUGCACCAAAACUCCGAACUGCUGACAGACGUCAAGGACUCGGAACUGCUGGGAAUCGGGGAUGCUGAUGGAGACGAGGAUGGCGAGGGCGAUUUCAAGCCGCCCAGUCAACUGGACGAAAAGAUCGUACUACCACCGCUGGCCAUGACUACUCCGGCUGCUAAGCUAGCAGCGCUCUAUCGGAUGCUCAUCGCUUACAAUGAGUCCAAGCUGGGCCAAGAGCGGAACAACCUCAACGAGCUGGAGCAGAAGGCCAUGGAGAAGUCAAUCUUCCUGUGCUACGUCUGCCGCACCGACUUUCCGUCAGUGAAGCUGUACGAUGCCCAUCUCACCGAGCACCCGGCCGAGUGCUUCACCUGCGGCAAGAAGUUCUACCGCUGGAAGAACUUUUCACUGCAUCUCAAGCGCCAUCUCGGGUGGAAGGAGUUCGGCUGCUACGUCUGCGACAAGAAAUUCGUAGUACGCAGUGCUCUGGUCGAGCACAUGCGGAUGCAUACGGGCCAAACGCCUCUCAAGUGCAAGAUAUGCGGCAAGAAGUUUAAACGGUACUCGAAUCUAACACAGCACCGGAAAAGGCACACCAAGAUGAUACUGCGCAAGAAGGAGUACGUGUGCCACUGUGGGGAGGUGCUGCCCUCGAAGGCGCGCUUCCUGUGGCACAAGGAAACGCACGAUCUGAAGCCAAAGUGCUGUCCCUAUUGCUGCGAUCGAUUCGUGCAUGCGAACUCGCUGCGACGCCACAUUCGUCUGGCGCACUCGGAAAAAUUCGAUUACUCCGAGCCGAUAGAGUGCCCGAUGUGCAAGCAGACCUUCGCCAAAACCUCGAUCAAGGCCCACAUGGCGACGCAUUCGACGGAUCCCCAGUACGACUGUACCAUCUGCAACAAGAGCUUCUCCACCAAGUGGAACCUCAAGAUCCACUCGUGGGUACAUGCCAACCGAACGGCCAAGCCUUUCAAGUGCGAGUACUGCCCGAAGGCGUUUGUGCGCGAGCUGGACUUCAAGAACCACAUCAACGCGCACAAGCAGAUCAAGCCGUACACGUGCGAGUACUGCGGCUGUAAGUUCAUCCGCAAGUACAACUACAUGCGGCAUCGGCGCGAGCACCACGGAACCAAGAAGUUCACAUGCGACCAGUGCGACAAGACCUUCCACCGGCACUACUAUCUCGUCGAGCACCGGCGCAUGCACACCGGCGAGCGACCCUUCACCUGCACCAUUUGUGGCAAGAGCUCCACCACCAAGACCAACCACAACAAGCAUCUGAAGAUCCAUCACUCGCGCGACCCCUUUACUGUCGAGGUCUAAUCGAACUAACGUUUAAUCUAACCAUUAACUAGGUAGUUGUUCAUGAUUCUUCUAUGUGUGUACUGUGUGUAUGUGGUUAUAACAAAGAAAACAAAACAAAUUAGUAUUACUUAUCGAACUAUACGGAUAGUUUACAUAUAUGCGAAUGCCAACUCUUGUUGAAUGGAAAACGAACAAGAAUCACGAUUAUCACAAUAAUUACAUUUUACUCAUCGUACAUAUUUUGGAUGUGGUCUAAGAAAGUAGCUAAAUGUGAAAGUGUUCCCCUUCACUUCCGUUUCCUCCCGAUUCGAAUCGUAUUCGUUUCGCCCGCUUUAAUCCCAUUUAGUUUAAGUUUUAGUUUUAAACACACUUUAGUGAAAUGGCAUACCUAGUUCAGUGCAAUAUACAUCGAUUAAUUCAUAUGUCGCGAUACUUUCAUUAAUGUAGCCUAGUUCGCUUUAAGUUUUAUCACUUAUAUAUCCCCUAUUGUGCAUGCCCAUGCCUGCAGACUAGUUAAUUUAAGUUAGCCGCAAUUGGUUUUUAAACAUUCGAGUUCUCCCUCGGCUCGAGCACAUUUUGAGCGAGCAACACACACGAACACACACUGAAAACGAAUACCCAUCUAUAACUUGUUAUAUAUUUUGUAUUUUUCUAAUGAGGAGGCGGAUGCGGAUGCGGAUGCGAACCAAUCCCCUCUGCCAGCAUUCGAACAUAAGCGAACACAACUGUCAUAUUGGAUAAACAAAUUUCGAUGUACGUAGCAUAUUCUUCAUUUAUAGUAGUUGCAACUUCUCUAGGCUAUUUUAAAGGAUUGUUUCAAUGGUUUAAACUUUAAAGCAGUAAUUAGUUAAAAUUUCUAGCUUGUAAGUAACACACAUCUUUUAAGUAUAAAACAAACUUCAUAAUACCAUGCAUCCGUGCUAAAUAAUAACGAAACAAAUGAAAACAAAUUUUAAAUAUUUACAACUUACAUUACAAAUUUCAAUGAGAUCUAAUGGAAGGAAGCUCAUUCUAUGGAAGAAAUAAAUUCAAUUUAUGGAUAAUUAAAAA